CCACACGAAAUCUUCCCCAGCAACAAAAUAACGUUUGCAAAACGUGUCAAUGAUGUUAUUUCAUUUUUUUUUCUUAUUCAAAAUGCAGGAAGCAAAUGUUUGUUGUUCUUUUAAACCUGUCUUACGUGAUUUACCCCGGGGUCCGUGAAUGUAUCUCGCCAUACAGCGAACACAAUUAACCUGAUCAGGAGCCAAGGAUGAGCUCAGGCACCCAGGGUGAUUUAUAUAAUCCUUCUGCCUCGCAUGAUGUAUCCUUCAGAAUUCAUUUACACCAAGGGGGCACGGUGCUUUGAAAUAAAUUCAACUGUAUGACGUCUUACAGUCAUGUAGUAUUUAUUGGAGCUUUUAUCUAAUCACUGGGCUGUGGUUGCAUGUCUAAUAUCGAUAUUUAAAUGUGUUCAUGCAGCAUAGGUGCCCACACUGCCUCACAUGUUUCUGUGUCUGCGGGGCAGGCAUUCAUAUAAAUAGUUGUGUUUGUGCAUGAUGCAGCAGCUGGGGAAUAAAUCCAGCUGUAAACAGAACAGAGUGCUCCCUCUCUCUCUCUCCCUCUCUCUGUCUAUCCAUCUUUCUAUCUGUCCUCCUGACUGCAGUCUGCAUACAGUGCCACACUGCUGCUGCUGCUGCUGUGUGAUACAAGCCAGUGAGAGGAACAGCUUCCACUGUUUUGCCUCUAAAAAAAAAGAAAAGAAAAAAAUGACGAGACAUCUUCCUGGAGCUGCUCCUGCUGCAGGGGUGGAUUUUGCUUCCAGUCUCCUGCAUUGCACAAUCCUUCCCCUCUGCUCAGACAGAUAAAUAAGACAAACGAAGGAGCGCUGGAAGACAAGGAGACGAGAGAAGGACGGAAAAGAGCCAUAGUAGGGUGAGGGGGUGUGUAGGAUAAAAAAAAAGAGGGGGAGAGGUUGAGUGGCAGAAGGGGCAUGAGGAGAGGAAGGGAGGCAGUGGUAUACAGAGGGAACAUAAGAUAGAGGGAGUCACAGCGCAGUAGGAUGAGGGUUAGGGUGAAAGAGAGAGCCAAGGAGCAUUUGAGCUGCCACCUUUUCGCACGCCACCCAGGAUCCGUCGCUUUCUGAAGAGGCGAGAAGAGGAAUCCAACCGUGGAGGCGAGAAGGAGAAGGAGGAGGGUGGCUGAGGAGGAGGAAGCCAGAGGUUCUACACACAAGAUGGCUGCUGUGUCCUCUGCCUCCGACACUGGUGACCCCAGGGGCCGCCACCCCCCUGAGCGCAGACUGCUGAUUCUGGGGGGCCCGCAGUCCGGUAAGACCUCCACUGCCAACACCAUCCUGGGGGACGAGGUCUUUGACGCUGGGACGGAGACAACUCACAGCAACGUGGGCCACACAGAGAUCUACGGCCGACGUGUCACCGUGGUCGACACCCCUCCAUGGGCCAUCCCGGCUGACCCGGAGGACGACACCGAAGCCGACAACGACGACAGUGCUGGCGCCGAGUCAGACAGUCCGCCGCAGGCCCCGCCGAGCCUGGACAGCGAGGGGCCAUGCAUGGGGGCAAUUCUCUGCCCCCCUGGGCCCCACGUGAUACUGCUGGUGGUGUCCGUCACCCAGCCCUUCACUGACACCCAGAGGAGGGCCGCAGACGAGCAACUGGGGGCCCUGGGCGGAGGGACCUGGAGGUACUCCAUGGUGCUCUUCACCGGGGUGGAAAAGCUGCCCAAAGGUGUCUUCAUUGAGGAGCACAUAUCGAACACUGGAGAGGCCCUGCAGUGGCUGGUGGAGCGAUGUGGAAGCAGGUACCACGCCUUCGAUAACACUCAGAAAGAGACAGAGGAUAACACACAGGUACCAGAGCUGAUGGAGAAGGUGGAGGAGAUGAUCACAGACAACCAAGGCUGGUACUUUGAGGUGAAUGAACUGAUUUUGCUGGAGGAAGAGCAGGCUAGGAGAGCCCUGGAGGAGGAGAGGAUGAGGAUGGAGGAGCACGCCAGACAGAGGGAUCAGAUGAUCGGAGGACCUCCCAGAGAAUUGAGGUUGCUGUUGUUGGGCUGGAAGGGCGUUGGAAAGAGCUCGGUGGGAAACGCCAUCCUGGGCCGUCGUUUUUUCGAGUCGGGCCAGGAGACGGAGCUGUGCCUCAGGAGACAGGCGCUCGUAUCGGGCCGCCGGAUCACUAUCGUUGACACCCCGGGGUGGGACUGGUUCUCGGUGAGGCGAACGCCAAAGCGCAUCCGCCAGGAGUCCCAGCGCGGAGCUGCCCUCCUGCGGCCAGGACCCCACACGCUGCUGCUGGUCCUCCCCGUCAUCUCGUCCCUCACGGCCAGGAAGAGGCGAACACUUCUGUCGCACAUAGAGACUCUGUUUGGUGACAGUGCAUGCCUCCACACCAUGGUGCUCUUCAGCUGUGGUGACUGGCUGGGCCGCACGCCCAUUGAAGAGCACAUUCUUAGAGGCGGGCGGGAGCUGCAGAGACUACUUGAAUACUGUGGGAACUAUUACCACGUCCUGGAUAGUAAGAUCCCGGGCAAAGACAGGAGCGUGUCCGUCCUACUGGAUAAGAUAGAGGAGAUGAUCAGGGAGAACGGAGAUAAGGCCUUCCUCCCCAUACAGACGGAGUGGUUGAGCGAGGAGAGCUCUUACUCCUCUGACAACACAGAGCCCGAGGAUGACUGUCGAGGAUGCCAGCUGCAGUGAUACAGCCGCACGAAAAGGAAAGUGGUCUGCCUUUUUGUCCAUGCUCUGAGUCUCCCGUAGGCCCAAACAUCACCACACGUUACUUAAACCUCAUCUAGAGAUCUCUUUUCAACCCUGUGGAGAUUUAGGCAAAACAAUCGGUUCGGAGCAGGCGUCUGGCCACGAGAAGCAAACUCACUGACCACUGAGCAAAGCUUGACGUGGACUGACGGCGAACAACCUCGUCUGAGAAUGAACGUUCAAAACUGUCCCCUCAAACCCGAGAGUAGGACAGAUUUUCUACUUUCGCUUCAAGGGGUUCAGUAGAAAUAUCGAUCCCUGCUCCUGAGCAUGUUCAUAGAAAUCGACUGCUGCUAAGACCCUGUUUCAACACUGCAGAGUAAAGAACUACUCAUCAUUCUAACUCUAUGUUCAGAUUGCACUGAUAAUAAUUGUAUCACAAGUCAAGUUGGAAGAUUAAACUCACACCAAAAAGGAAUAUGGUAAAUAAGAUCAUGACCGGGUGGAUGUCUUUAUCGGUUUUUGAUGGAUUUGAGAGCAUAGCAAUUCCUUUUUUGCACCACUUGUCAAUAUGUGUGCACCAAUGUAAAACAAAAAAAGAUCGGGAGAGUCCAACCUUCAGACGUGGGACAUGGUAACUUCCUGAGCAAUAUUAAGAUUUGGCUCAUUAACAUUUGAUUAGUUUAGCUCAGGGAAUCAGGGUUGACUUGAUUCCUCCAGGGAAAAAUCUGUCUCAUUCACAGUAACACUGAUUAAUGCAGAUUCCAAAUCUGCAGGCCUGAGUCACAUAUUAAGUUCUCCUGUGACUAUUUGCUUCAGUUUGCCGGAACCAGAAGAGAGACGGUCUUUGCACUUAGGUUGAUUGGUCACUUUGGUUCUAUUGUGCCAAAAAGGAAAUUAACUGACACCAUCUUAGGUAGUAAAUAUAUAUUUUUAACCCCACCUUUGCUGUAGCAUUCGUGCCCAGGAGGAGCUCGUAAACCCUUAAAAAAAAGAGCUGUAAUGAAACUGCGCAGUCUCAGAUCCCUGUGGAGCUGCUCUGGCUGGCUCUGCUUCACUGUUUGUGGUCGUGAAUUUAUCGAUGAGUUAAGAUUCAGCUUCGUGCCUCAGCAUCAAAGCGUGAGAGUGGGAGAACAGCCCUGCGGCAGGGCAGUAUCCUAUAGGCUACAUCCAGCUUUCGCAUGCUACAGAAACAACAUAACCUCACGAACCAUUCGAGCUCACAUAGGGCUUUUGCUACCUUUUUAUACAUCCGGCCUUGUCAUCUGAAGUGAUAUUUUGAAAAAAAUCAAAAAGGAAUAUAUACAUAUAUCCAGCUCUCAGAGGCAUGUUAAGACACCGCAUGCAGAUAAAUGGGUGCCUAUAGAGUUGAAGGCAACCUCGCUUCUUAUUGCUCUGACUUGCUUCGAGCAGGUCCAUGUGAUAUUCUGGUACGACAUCACAACCCUCUACCUUUACGACUGAAAAAAAAAAAAAAAAAAAAAAAAACGGUCAAAGAAAAGAGAAGUCACGCUGAAAGGUACAUCUAGUGAACCACUGUCGAGGCUGGAGGUGUUUUGGACAGUUGCACACUUUUUGUUCUUUGGGCUCUGCGCUUCAGCACAUUUAGUUUGAAACAAAUGAAUGGAUUCGACAUUGAAGUGCCAAGUCACUGCUUUAAUUUGAUUAGCUUUGCAUCAAGGAAGACACUAAAUAUGCAGAGGCACAGAGCCUGAAAGAAACAAAGUAAUGUGCAGUUGUCCAGAUACUUCUGGUCUGGACUGUAUAACACGUGACCGAUACCACUGCCAUGCUGUAAAAUGUGAUUUUAUACAAAUGAUGUAGCCUACUGUAUAAAAGAAACCCUGAGACUGCUUCCUCUGUGCUUUACUGACUCUGUGCUUCAUCUAGUGUUGUAGGCUACAUCAGCACUUAGUGUGACCAGCAUGACUUUUUCAAAUAUCCAUUCGGAGUCCUAGUCCCACUCCACCUGUGAAUAUGUUGUAUAAGCAGUGUAUAUUUAGUGUAAUAUAUGUUACGUCGUUGGCUUUUAGCGGAGCAUUUUGCACUGUGUAUCACUUUACUGUAGCCGAAAGUGGCAUUACUUCCUGUGUGGCCCUUCGUACGCGGUGGUUGCGUCAUCAGUACUUUGUUCAUCCCCAGACAACAAUAAUAAUAAUUAAAAAACGAUGUGGAUAUACUGUUGUGUA